AUGUCCGUGUACGUUAUUACUGGGGUAUCGAAGGGAAUCGGGUUCGAGUUCGUCAAGCAGAUCUCGGAGGACCCGAAGAAUCUAGUCGUCGGUCUGGUCCGCGAAAAGGCUGCGACCGAGAAGAAGGUGGCGGCAGAGCUGGGCGACCGUUGCAAUGUCCACAUCCUCCAUGCAGACCUCACCAGCUACGCCAGCCUGAAGCAAGCCGCUGCCGACACUGCCAAGAUUGUUGGCGAGCGUGGUAUCGACUAUCUGGUUGCCAAUGGAGCUUUCCCGUCCCUCUUCGACGCCUAUGACCCCAUCGGCGCAUUGGGCGACAAGGUUGAGGAGCUGGAGGAUGUUUCAUUGAAGCUAUUCCAGACCAAUGUCGUCGGCAACAUCCACCUCUUCAACCUCUUCCUCCCUCUUGUCAUGAAGGGCAAGGUCAAGAAGGUCGUCACCAUUUCCAGCGGUCAUGCCGACCUCGACUUGAUCAACGAUGUCGAGAUUGAGACAAGUGCUUUGUAUUCUGCCUCCAAGGCGGCCAUGAACGUCAUUGUGGCCAAGUUCAACGCGCAAUACAAGAAAGACGGUGUGCUCUUUGUGAGUAUCAGCCCGGGAGCGGUAGAGGUGGGGCACUAUGUGAAUGCCACUCCAGAACAGAUCCAGGGCUUGAUGGGAUUUAUGGGCAAGCUUUCAACCUAUGCCCCACACUUCAAGGGUCCAACCCCUGUAGACGAAGCCAUUCGAAAUAUCAGGUCGACCUGGGAGAAGGCCAGCAUCGACAGUGGGUAUGGUGGUGCAUUUAUCUCGCAUUUUGGAAACAAGCAGUGGUUGUAA